CGUCUAGCGAUCAACCGGUUGAAAUUGCUGGAAAAGAAGAAAACAGAACUGGCACAGAAGGCGCGCCGUGAGAUCGCUGAUUUCAUUGCCGCUGGCAAAACGGAGCGUGCUAAAAUCAGAGUGGAGUACAUCAUUCGUGAGGACUACAUGGUGGAGGCAAUGGAGUUGCUGGAGAUGUACUGUGAUCUGCUGCUGGCACGUUUUGGUCUCAUUCAGCAAAUGAAAAGCCUCGACGAAGGUCUGGCGGAAGCUAUAUCAACCAUUCUCUGGGCGGCUCCUCGCAUCCAGACGGACGUGCAGGAAAUCAAAGUGAUAGCGGACAUCUUGACGUCUAAAUAUGGUAAACAAUACAUGGAAGCGUGCCGGGAGGAGGCAAUUCAAACCAUAUCGGAGAAGCUGAAGCACAAAAUGAGCGUGCAGUCGCCAUCAAAAUUGCUUGUGGAAAAAUAUCUAAUAGAAAUUGCCAAGAAUUACAACGUGGAAUAUGAGCCGGAUCCGCAAGUAAUGGCAGAAGGUCAGGAUGCGAUGUUAAUAGACAUAGGAGCCAAUGGUGGGGAAUCGAGGAACAAUCUGGACACAGCCAGCGGAGGAGGAAUACCUCAUCCGCCUGGCUUCAUAGGUUUUCCACAGGCACCUAUGUUACCUGAUCCUGGAUUCCACUCGAGCGUGGAUUCGGAGAAAGAUAGUUCUUCCUUAGGAUUCGUAUCUCCAAUGUCUCCACCCUCUACUGAGAAAGAUCAGAAUACUCCUUUCAAUCCCACUGCAUUUUCGUAUAACAUACCCCUGGAUAAUGCCAACUCGAACAAACCUGAAGAAGAUUUACCACCGCCAUAUCGGCCUGACUUUCCGCCUGAUUUAAAUAAACAGUCAGAUGAGAAACCAAAACCCCAGCCAAGGUCUAAAAUGCCGAUGAACAACUACCAACUUCCGGAUCUGCCAGCAGUGCCGACAGAGAACAAUGAUUCGCCCACUAAUCCAUCCGUGAAUGACGACAUUGAUUUUGACGACUUGAUGAAACGAUUCGAGGACCUGAAGAAGAGGAAGUAACGAUCGACGGAUAUACAAGCAAUAUUUGAAACGCAUCGUUUUCAUUUAUUACUUUAGCGUUGCAAAACGGUGUUGUAUUUAGUAGUGCCUUCUGCAAAAAGAGAAGGUCUGGGAAAGGUAGGCUAUUAUAUGCUUUUGCAGUGAAGAAAAUGAAAAUGUAUAGUUUACUCUAUCCGAGGAUCAAGUACAUAUAAAUUGUUAUAAUAUUAAUUAAUGUACGUGUUAAUUUAAUAUAUAUCUUUUUAUGAUUAUUA